GGGGGGUGUGCAUCGCUCAGUCGGUGAAGAUACCGCGGGAACCUAAGCCCGGGGAGUUUGACAAGAUCAUCCGGCGCCUCCUGGAGACCUCAAACGCCAGGGCAGUCAUCAUCUUUGCCAAUGAGGAUGACAUCAGGCGUGUGCUAGAGGCCGCGCGGAAGGCCAACCAGACGGGCCACUUCUUCUGGAUGGGCUCGGACAGCUGGGGCUCCAAGAGCGCACCCGUGCUGGACCUGGAGGAGGUGGCCGAGGGUGCUGUCACUAUCCUCCCCAAGAGAAUGUCUGUCCGAGGCUUCGACCGCUACUUCUCCAGCCGCACGCUGGACAACAACCGGCGCAACAUCUGGUUUGCCGAGUUCUGGGAGGACAACUUCCAUUGCAAGCUGAGCCGCCACGCGCUCAAGAAGGGCAGUCACGUCAAGAAGUGCACCAGCCACCGGGUGCUGAUCCAGUCCUUGGAAGUGCUGGCAGGGACAACGGCCACACUGUACUGCGGAACUGGCUCCCAGGAGAGCGGUGCCUCUGUCUGA